AUGUAUUUACCCACAUUUUACAAAUUAGGAUACGAAGCUUGGACUGCCAAGACCAAGAGAUUCAUGGGAAUUAUGCCAGCUGUUGGAUGUUGGGGUAUACUUUACAAUAUUAAUAAAUUAUAGCUGUCUGGGCACUCUACCCAAAUCUUUACAACACAUUAUAUACUGAUUUCAUUCCCCCUCCCAAAGGUAAUUGUAUUUCAUAAAUGAAGGUGUCUAAAGAAGAGUAUAAGAUGUGUGA